AAUCUCAUGUAACAAUUGCUUUAUUAAAAUUGAUCUCAAUAACUAAAACCUAAACAAAAUUAGUAAGUUUGAAAAUUACUGGCUGUACAAUGUACCUUACUGUACAAUAUAACCCUUGUACUAAAAUGUUUAUAAAGUGUCUCCUGUUCAUUCAGGGUUUAUACAUUUUUAAUGUUUACCUUGAAAAUUUUUUGUUGAAUUAAAAUUGGUAAAUUGAAUGUUAUCUUAGUUAUAAAAAACAAGGAUGUAAGUCCUGAUAAUUUCUGAGCUUGCUAACUGUUAAUGUGGAAAUAUUAAAAUAUGCCUACUCUGUUAACAUUUGUCAACUUUUUGUUAACUUAAAAACAUUUUCUUUUCAAUGUAAAACUUAAAAUUCUUAAAUCUGAGUAUUUCUUCAUAAUUAUUUAUGCCAGGAAAUGUGUGUCCUUUUAGACAGUUUGUGCCAUAAAACUAUCAGACCUGAAAAUGAUUGAGCUUAUUGACAAAUGCUGAAAUAUUGUUGGAAUGGGAUAUAACUAUUUUGAAUCAAAAUAAGUGGCCUUACAGACUGUUCCUGCUGCAAUACUAUAAUAAAUCUCAAGUUUACUAGUUAAUAGGCUGUGAAAAAAAAAUUAUUUUGGCUAAAACUUGAAAUUCUCUGAUUGUUUUUUUUUUCUCCACAUGAUAAAAGCCAAAAAAUUACUUGUAAAUUUUUCCAAUAUUCUUUCUCUUCCAUGUAUCACUUAUGUCUUAGAAUUGUUUUUAAGUUACUGAUUUUUCAGAAGAUUGAUAAAAAUGUUGGCCACGAUCUGACAAUUUAGCCAGCAAAUUUCAAUGAAGAGAUAAAGUGUCGAAUAUGUGGAAGACCAAAGAACAAUCCGAUCUCAGCAAAAAUUUGAGGAAUAUGUUUGUUUCUGCCUCACCUAGAACUGAGAGUACAACAGCGGACUCAGAUGGAAAAGAGAAGAAAGAGUCCUCAGAUAUCCAAUCUAAUUUGAAGAAUAUGUUUGUUUCCGUCCCGUCCGGUAUAAAGAAAGCUUCGCCGUCCUUAAGCGAAAAAACAUUCGAGAAAGAGAAUACUUCCCCGUCCCAUUGUAAGGAUAAGUCUGAAGACACAUUACACAGCUACACAUUAGAAUGGAAAGAGACCUACACUUGGUGUAUUGCAUGUUCCUACAGUAUAUCCUACACCAAACAUGCACUGGUUUGCAAAUGUGGAACUCAUUGGUACUGCAGUCUACAGUGCAAGGAUUAUAUCAAAGACAUGAAAUGUAAUAAACAUACAAGAAUUGUUAAUAAUCUCACCUCAGAUUCUUUACUCUCUUUCUAUUCCUGGAUCAAACAAUUUUACAAUCUUGAAACUCUACAAAUGGUGAAGGAGUAUAUUAGUUCUCAAGCAGAUGUGUCAAGGUCAGAGAUGAAAAAGAUGGCUGAAAGAGGGGAUUGGAAAGCAGCUCUGAUUAUUGGUUUAACAUAUGAGCUAAGAUUUGUGUGUGAUCGGGAUAUAUGUCAACUUGCACUUCGUCCCCCGUUUGAGAAAAGUCGACCUUUUAGUGAUAGGAAAGCAAUCAAAUACUAUAAGAUAGCUGCUGAAAACGGCUCUGUUGAAGCAUUUGCUGCAAUUGGUAGGGCUUUAUAUAUGAACCCUAACCACAAAAGAGAAGUUAAAGAUAACUUAAUGCUCAGCAGUGUUUGUUUUAAAACAUCGCUCAAGUUUCUCAACCGGAUUUGCUUCUUGGACCUUGAUACAUUCAGAAUAUCUGGCGAUUGUUAUGUUGGAUCAUCCGGAUUAAUUCUAUUCAAGUUGAAAUCCCUGGAUUCCUCUAAAUCUAGAAUUGUCAGAGAGGCGCUGGAAUUCCCACUCUUGGCCAAGUAUUUGUUGCAACUAAAAUCCUGUUCCAACCAUUUUAGAAUGUUAUUGUUAAACUCUGAGCAAUUGCAAAGAACACCAGGCUGGGUACUAUUGGGUAGAGUAGAGAAUUCUGUUUUCAAACAAGAACCUGGAAAGCCUGGAAUUAACCUAGGAUUAAGAAUGGAUGUGGUUGCAACAUCAGAUGAUGAGUAUUUUGAACGGCUAAGUAUGAACCAGCCGGAAUAUCUCUGUGAACAUAACAAAAUAUCAUUAGGAAAUGCAUGUCCUGAGUGCAAUUACCUUGCUAAGCAAAGAAUAUUCAGUGUCUACAGGAAAGAUUAUAUGAUGAGUCGAGAUGAAACCCUGGUUACAGAACUAUAUGGCGUUAUCUACAGUUUAGAGUCUGGAUUGAAGAGGCAGGACAACUUUAGGAACUACAGUAAACAUGAGGUUAUUUUCACCAUCCGUGUCCUGGCACUGGAACCCAUGGAUCUACACCCACUACAGCUGGCCAAGGAUCCCAACAUAUACUGGCCAAUUGUUCAUUACUACGGGUCUGUUUACUCUGCCCUCUUGGAAAUCCUGGGUAAACAGACGGUUGAUCUGAUUUAUAAGGAUAUUAGAGAUUCAACGCCUUUGCCGAAAGAGUUUACUGUCAUUACUGAAGAGAAGUAUGUGCUCAAGUGUGGAUACUUCCCUUGUGUUCAGCUAGACUGGGACUUUACCUUCAAGCGAUGUGUUGGGUGCAAGCUACGCCGUUACUGCAGCCCUAAGUGCUAUAAGCUAGAAGGGAAGUUUCACAAGAAAAUGUGUUUCCUGCGCCCAGGACAGUAUACAGAGGAGGGUUAAUAUAAUCUCAUGUAACAAUUGCUUUAUUAGAAUUGAUCUCAAUAACUAAAACCUAAACAAAAUUAGUAAGUUUGAAAAUUAUUGGCUGUACAAUGUACCUUACUGUACAAUAUAACCCAACUGUACUAAAAUGUUUAUAAAUGUCUCCUGUUCAUUCAGGAUUUAUACAUUUUUAAUGUUUACCUUGAACAUUUUUUGUUGAAUUAAAUUUCGUAAAUUGAAUUUUAUCUUAGUUAUAAAAAACAAGGAUGUAAGUCCUGAAAAUUUCUGAGCUUGCUGACUCUUAAUGUGGAAAUAUUAAAAUAUGCCUACUCUGUUAACAUUUGUCAACUUUUUGUUAAUUUAAAAAUAUUUUCUUUUUAAUGUAAAACUUAAAAUUCUUAAAACUGAGUCUUUCUUCAUAAUUAGUUAUGCCAGGAAAUGUGUGUCCUUUUAGACAGUUUGUGCCAUAAAACUAUCAGACCUGAAAAUGAUUGAGCUUACUGACAAAUUCUGAAAUAUUGUUGGAAUGGGAUAUUACUGACUUGAAUCAAAAUCAGUGGCCUUACAGACUGUUCCUGCUGCAAUACUAAAAUAUAUCUCAAGUUUAAAAGGCUGUGAAAAAAAUUUUUAUUUUGGCUAAAACUUGAAAUUCUCUUGUUGUUUUUUUUUUUUCUCCACAUGAUAAAAGCCAAAAAAUUACUUUACUUGUAAAUUUUUCCAAUAUUCUCUCUCUUCCAUGUAUCACUUAUGUCUUUGUAUUGUCUUUAAGUUACUGAUUUUUCAGAA